CUGUAGGCGGCAGGCUGUUUACUCGAUUGCACCCCUGCGAUCGUCACACUUUUCUGUUACAAACUGACCCCGGCCCCCCACCAGAGAAGGGAAAAGUUAUGUGGCCCUCACAGGAAAAAGUUUGGGGACCCCUGCUAUAUACUAUAUUUAGUCAUUUGUGCGUCGCUUUUCCUCCGGUCCAGCAGAGGUCGCUGUUCGUGAACCUCCAAUAAUCUGCCUGCAGGUUGCGUCUCACCUCUGGAGGCUCCGACUGCGGUGAAGCCGCAGAAUGUGCGCCGUGCAGCUGCUGCGGGUGUCGGUCCAUGAGCGGAUCAGCGCCGCCGCUGAAGGCUUUCUGCUGCAGCUGGAAAAAAGACAAGAAGCGGCGGAGCUCCCGGCGCUGAGAGCGCUGCUCACCGAGCGGCUAACGGCGGCUGCGGAGGAGAUCGUCGGUCUGUUGGAGGAAACCGUGGCGGACUACGAGGACCGAGUGGAGCGGUCAGAGCGGGAGAUCUGCCGCCAGAGGAGGCUGCUGGAUGCCGUGCUGAAGCCUGAAGUCCGGCUGUACCGGGCAGAUGUCCAGAAACUGUUGGUGAGGAACGAAGUCCAGAACCAUAAUAACCAGACAGAACCUCCCCUCAUUAAAGAGGAACAGGAGGAACUGUGGAGCAGCCAGGAGGCAGAACUCCCCAAGUUCAGUCCAGACUCUGUGAAGAGUGAAAAGGAUGAAGAGAAACCUAAUUUUUCUCCUUUUCAUCACAGAAACACUGAACUAGAAUCAGAGGCCUCUGAAUUGCCUGUAGCGGAGAUCGAAGUGAGCUGUGACGAUACGAGGGAUGAGAACGAUGAAGCUCCAUCAGCUUUCCAUGAAGCAAAAGGCAAUUCUCCUGAGAAUCCACUCAGUUGUGGGAAAGCGUUCCCUAAUAAAGGCUCUCUGGAGAGACACAUGAAGAACCACAGUGGAGAGAAACCAUUCAGCUGCUCUGUGUGUGGGAAAAAGUGUUCCAAAGAAGGUUAUCUGCUGCAGCAUAUGACUGUGCACCGAAGAGAGAGACAGCAGAACUGCCGCAUCUGUAACAGAAGGUUAGUUUGGCAGGCGGGAGUUGAGUGUCAUCAGUGUGUGGGUGAAGCUUCUCAGCAUCCAGCAGGUGGAGGGACCAAAUGUAAAAAAACGCUGAACUUCUCUGAGUGUGAUAAAAGACUUUGCUACAGCCACCAUCUGAAGAAGGACAUGGGAGCUCUCACCGAGGAGAAUUUGUUUACCUGCUCAGUCUGCGGCAGGAGAUUCACUCAGAGGGGAUAUCUGAUGCAGCACAUGGACCGCCACACCGGAAAGAUUCGCUUCCGUUGCUGCAUUUGUGACAAAAGGUUUGCUUGGCGUCAUGACCUCAAAAACCAUAAGUGUGGUGAUCUGUCACAAUCAAGCUUUGGCAAUGAAAGUGGAGGGGAGCCUGUAACCAGCGACGGAUCCGAUACCGAUGAUAAGACCAGUGACUCCUCUGAACUCAAGGCUGAAGGUGGAGAUGAUGUUUGCAAGGACCCUCAGCAAGAGUUAAACAGCGAUGUGGGAGGUAGCGCUCACCAGAAAUCAUUCAUGUGCUCAGAGUGCGGGAAAAUGUUCUGCAGCCAGGACAACCUGAACAUGCACAUGAAAACUCAUGCUGGAGAGAAGCCGUUCAGCUGUUCCUUUUGUGAUAAAGGGCUCAUGCAGACAGGACAUCUGACAAACCACUCGUCAGUCCUCAGUGAGGAGACACGAUUCCUGUACUGCGUGUGUGGCAAAAGAUUUGCUUGGCGUUACAACCUUAAGAACAGCAAGGCAUUGCACAAGGAGGCAGAGCCUGCAGGCGGCAACUUGAACACUUGUGACUCAUCUAAACCUCAGACAGAUGUCGGUGCUGACAACUGUCAGGGGACAUCGUCGGGCUUCAAUAAUUAUGACAUUGCUGAAGAAGAUGUCAGCAGUGACACUACAGAGAGACCGUUUAGCUGCUCUCAUUGUAGUAAAAGAUUUUGUCACAAGAAAAACCUGCACGAACACCUGAGAAUUCACACAGGAGAGAAACCAUAUGGCUGCUCAGUGUGCUUGAAAUAUUUCUCCUGUAGCGGGUCACUACGAAAGCAUAUGAGGAUUCACACAGGAGAGAAACCAUUCAGCUGCUCCAUGUGCGGUAACAGAUUCACUGAAAGUGGACACCUGAAGGUGCACAUGAGAACGCACACUGGAGAGAAACCUUUUAACUGCUCUGUCUGUGGGAAAAGCUUCACAUGGCGACAGAGCUUCAAUAAUCACAUGAAGCAUCACUCGGAGGCAAAAAGAGACAUCAACUAGAUACAGAGAUGUUUCAGAAGAAAAUCUCGACAGAGUUUCUAAAUGUUAACUUUUGAUGCUUACUGUGAAGAAACAUAACUCUGCUUAACUCUGAUUCCUCAUAUUCUGCUCAUUUCAUUGUUCACACUUCACAAAUCUUUAGUGGGAGGUGGGAACUGAAGCAUUCACAAAAGAAAUAAGGUCUAACUUCUAUAAUUUCUUCUUGUUUUAUGUCACAGACAUUGGUGUUGCUUCCACAAUUCUGAGAGGAUUUUUCUUUUUAAUCUUGUUUGAAAUCUGUGUUUCCUGCUGCAAACAGAUGCUCUGUAUUCCAGAUGUGUUCAGAAGGACUAGAUGAAAUGAUGACUUUUUCAUACAAGCAUGAAACUUGAUUCACAGUUUGGGGUCCUGAACAGUUUCAGAAAUGAAAUUAUCAAAAAAAAACAUUUUGUGGUCUCCAUACUGCUUUGCACUACAUUAACCAAAACUCUGUUCAACUGUUAUGAAGAAGUGAUCGUCGCUUUGACACAUCAGCUGGUUAGUCAGAGAGGAACAGAUGCUUCAGGUGACUGCAGGUGAGACACAACAGGUAGUCAGUUUUAGAUCAGAUCUGAACUCACAUGAAACAUGUAUGUUCAUGGUGGCAAGCAGAGAGCAUUGUGGGAGUUUGGCUAGCAAUGGGCACCAUGACAAAGACUUCUGUGGCGGUUAAUGACCUCCAACCAGAACUCAGGUGUUCAAGACAAACUGGAAUCAACCAGGACAGAGUUCAUGUAUUACAGUGACAGAUGUAAUCGAGCUGUUGUUGUACAAAAUAUUAUGUCUGUGUUUAAAUUAACUGUCAACAUACAAACAGAGGGUUCUCGCCAGCGCAUUUGUUAGUUUAAAAGAUUACGCUGUGAUUAGGGCCGCUAUGCUGCCUUUCAAGUUGUGGUAUUGUGUUUUGAGCACAUUUGCUUGCGUAAUAUUUCCAUAUUUAUGUGAGAAAACUUCUUUAUUGGGGCAGUUGGCGCUGUGAAAGAGAGUUACUUUGACAGAUAACACCAUGUGCGUUUGUUUUUAUCGACUGAGUGCCUAUCUAGGUUAAUUUAUGUCUCCCCACCUCAGCCAUACUUUCCUGUCGAUUGACCCGUUCCCGUCUAAAAUUAAGACUCGCUUCCAAUCUCGGGGUUACAAUUAGUAUGUCUCGGUUUUUUCCGUGAUGCCAUGUAUGGUGAAUAGUGACCUAAAUCACAAGCAUUUGGAGCAUCUGCGUGACGCUCAUUGGCUGACAUCUGGGCCGUCCGCUCGCGAGAUUUAAUGAAGGCUAUUGCGCAUCCGCAUAGUGUCCUGCCAUUACGCUGUAAAAAACAAUCCUGGUGAGAACCCUGAAACAGUUCAUUGAAAUGAUUGAUGAUUGAUUGCUGAUGCUGUUGCCUGUCAAAUUUUUUUUUUAAAUGUAAAAUUUGCUUCCAGAAUGUGAAAAGUUCAGCAGUUCUAAAUGGUCGAACAGCUCAGUUAUUGUUUCUGGAAAUCACAGCUUUAACGCAAUUCAUAUUGAGCAGAACGUUUAUUCUUUUGUGAAUGCAGCAGGUGAUGUUAUUGUUUUCAGCUCUUUGCUGUCAAAUCAACUGUUGGAGUCUUUAACUGAAGGGUUUAGAAGCAGAGUGGUCUAACCCAUUUUCUGUGGUUUUUAAAAAAAAUGUCUUCAAAGUCUUGUGUUUUCCAGAAUGGUCUAACAUUCAAAGUGUCACUGUAAAGCUAUAUUUGCGUUGUGGGUUAGACUACAUUGCCACUGAAGACUACACCAUAAAAUAUAACAGAAAUUAUAUAAAACUCAAAUUUUUGUGAGUUCGACUGUUUUGCUUCUAACCCCUUCAACUAAUGAAAUCUCUCUUCAAGACUGCUUAUUGCUUUAAUUCUGGAUUAAUCCAGACGGAGGUGGACUUAAAAUAUCUAGAAAGGACUUUAGCUGAAAUAAGACGCUUUAAAUUAAACCAAAAAGCAACCAUGUGCCUUAUUUAUUACCUCGGCCAGGAGGUUAUGUAAUCACCGGAGUUUGUUUGUCUGUCUGUCCGUCUGUGUGUGUGUGUGUGUCUGUUCGUCUGUUAACAGCAUAACUCAAAAAGUUGUGGAUGGAUUAUCACCAAAUUUUUACAGAAUGUCCAGAAGGCAACAAUCGAUUAGAUUUUGGAGGUGAUCCGGAUCACCAUCUGGAUCCAGGAUUUUUUUGAAGGACUUUGUACAAUUGGCGGCCAUCUCUCAAUUGUACAGACAGAGGUCGCUGCAAUGAUCCCGGGCGACGGCCGAAUCCUCCGCGGCAGGUUCGGGCUUCCCGGGCGAGUCGGGACCGACAAAACGAAGUGGCGGCGACGCGUGCGGUACCGUCACACGCGCGCGCAACGGUACCGUCACGUGCGUGUGGCGGCGGCACACGCGUCGCAGCAACGAUCCCGGGCGACGGCCGAAUCCCCCGUGGCCGCUUUGGACUGCCUGGGCAAGUCGGGACCGACGAAACGAAGCGGCGGCGACGCGUACGGUACCGUCACACGCGUGCGCAACGGUACGUGCGUGCGGCGGCGCCGUGUGCAAAACAAUGUGCUGUUACACUGUACAUGCAUGUUAUGCUUUCUGCACAAACUGUUGAAACUCAUUACAAUCCGUCCAUGACUUUUUGAGUGAUGCUGUUAACAGACAGACAGACAGAUGGCCUGGCGGAGGUCUGCGCUCUCCGAGUGCUUUUCUAGUUUAAGAAGAAAUUAAUACAAAUCAGUUCACUUGAUGCACUUAUAUGCUGCAAAAUUAAUCAAUGUUCUUCACAAAAGUAACAGUUUUAUAUAAUAAAAUAAUUGGAUGGGAGCAACCAAUCCAUCAGUUUGGACAGACUUAAGUAACCUUGCCAGCAAGUUGAUUUCUCGCGAUAUUUGUGAGUUCACAAAUCUCUCAAGAAAGCAUCUUGCACCGCUCCCGCUUUCACUGUUCGGACAGAGCCAAGUUGGCACGGGCCAAUCACGCAGCAGUAUUCGUGUGUGGGGCGGGAUAUCCGGGUGUGAAGACGACAGCACUCGAGACGACACCAAGCGCCAGUAGAUCAAAACAAACAUGGCAACGGAGGACAACGAUCGUGUAGAUCGUGCUGCUAUUAAGUCAGUUUUAGCCGAAUCUCCUAUCGCUUCUUUGAAGGAAGAACAACGAGAGGCGCUUUGCGCCUUUCUGGAUGGUGAAGAUGUUUGUGCUUUUUUACCUAUGGGUUUUGGUAGGAGUUUAAUCUACCAAUUGGCUCCGCUCAUUGUGAAGAUCCCGCGAUUGGCUAAAAACAAACCUGUCAGAGGCGGGACAUACUGUUGCAUUGUCCAAUCCGUGCCUCUUUCCUCCGAACGGAUUUACAUGGAGCGGUCCCAGAUUGAUAUUGUGGAGUACUAUCAAGUACUACACAAUUAUUAAUCUGGCUAUUGCCAGGUUAAGACUUAAGAGAACCAAACAUGAACGUGGCAGAUUUCUCUGAAUGUGGAACUGCCAUCACACAUCUGAUGUUCAGGACGUUUUUUGGUUUUUAAAUUUAUCUCACGGUUUUCCUGUUAAACUAGUCCAGUUGGUUCUGAUCUCUUUAGUUUGACAGAAAUCUUUUGUUACUUUUCAGUUCUGUGUCCUGAAACUUUAGUAAAGUUUCUUAUAAAACUGA